AUGACUUCUCUGAACAUGCUAAAGAUUCCAUCUACUUCCAUCAUUUCUUCCAAACUAUCACCCCUGGAACCUACUGACAUUCCUCGCAUUGUACAAUUCGCGCAAAGGAGAUGCAACAACGCUUGUCUCGAACGCCAUUUACAAACCAAUCCUGAAACGGCUCUGAUGGCAGUGGGGAUAUCGAAUCAGCACGAUCUUCAACGGGUUAUGACGGCUCAAGUACCAGUGAUUCAUAUUGAACGUGAUUGCGAGGCACUGCAAGGGGCUCAUCGACGACAACAUCGCGAUGCCAAGUAUAUGCGAUUCCUGCACAGCACACUAUCAUCCGGACUAUGGGGUCUAUUUUUCACUCUCGGGGCAGGUGUCAGAAAUAGUACAAGGCUUUAUCCGGCAUUGCUGACGGCUUAUUCAUUAUACGUCUUCCGAGCAGCACGCAACGAUUAUUGUAUCCUUGAGGAUGAGCAGCAUUUUGUAUUGAUACGCGAUGAUGCACGACAUACACCUAUGCAGUUUAUUAUGCGAACGGUUAUCCCUUAUUGUGUACAGUGUGCAUCCAUGUUUUUCCUAUUCAAGGGCAUUCUCUGGUGCUGGAAACAACAACGGCCGUUACCAACCACGGUGAUGGUGGGUCGCAGCAGCUAA